AUGACUGGAACAAUGCUACGUUUAUCCCGUCAAGUGCCACACCACCCUGGGUCUGCAAGGUUAAAUCUUCACUUGCAAGAUGAAACGAUCUAUCGCCGCGUACCAGAGAAAGAAUUCCUUGUGCAGUGCAAACGCUUGAAUCAUGUAUGGAUGACUAUGGGAAAAUCUGCUGGCCUUGACGAACGAUUUGUUAGCCGCCUAAAGCUUGACAAACCGACCUGCCCUGUGUUCUACAGCCUCAUCAAAACGCAUAAGCUGAAACCCGAUCAGGUCAACUCAACAUCAGCGGCCACAUUCAAAAUCCGACCAAUAAUAAGUUGUGUGGGAGGACCAACGGAUCGCAUUUCGUGGUUCCUUAAUAAAAUCGUGAGUCAAAUUUUGCCUAAAAUACCAUCUCAUUUGUCGAACACGCACUAUUUCCUUGAGCGAUUACGCAAUGCGAGAGUUGAGGGCAACUGCGUAAUAGAGUCUUUUGAUGUAACCUCACUCUACACGAAUGUAAAAAACAGUGAGGCGCUGCAAGCUCUCUCUGAGAUGAUAGAUUUAUAUGGUAACAACUUGGAAACAUAUGGACUAAGUAAAUCUCGCAUAAUAACGCUUAUCAAGGAAUGCCUGAAUUGUAAUAUCUUCAGGUGGUCAGGAAAUUAUUUCGCGCAACUGAGAGGGCUAGCAAUGGGUCAACGAUUAGCACCAGUACUGGCGAUCUGCUUCAUGAGCAGAAUCGAAGAACCAGUACUUUCGCGUAGACCAAUAAUGUAUUACAGAUAUAUUGACGACUGUUGCAUCAUAACAUCAACACAGUCCGAAAUGGACGAGUGUUUCCGAAUACUCAACCAACAAUCGCAAUAUAUAAGACUCACACGAGAAACCCCAAAAGAAGGAUGGCUUCCGUACCUCAACACACAAAUAAGUACUUCAAACGGCAUUAUUAGAGUAAAGUGGUAUCGCAAAGAAAGUUGCAAGAACAUCAUAUUGCACGCCAAAUCUGCACAUCCGACUGCAGUAAAACGCGCAGUGAUUCGUAGUAUGUUCAAAACCGCUAGUGAAGUAUGCACUGGCAACCAAGAACGACACGAAUCGCGAAGACUAGCCUUGAAAAUCGCAUGUGCCAAUGGCCAUACACGCAGCAUUAUCCAAGCACAAUUACAAAAUGACGUGAUCUUGGUAAAUAUCCCAAAUGCAAACAUCAAAACCCACGAUUACGCCAACUUCGAGCGACAGUACAAGCUCGGUGCUGAGCUUGGACGUGGAGGUUUCGGUACUGUUUAUUGCGGGUUACGGAUUUCUGAUAGUCUCCCGGUCGCCUGCAAGUACAUCAUGAGGCGUUAUGUGGUGGAAUGGGCUUAUACAGAUGGUCGAUUAGUUCCUUUGGAAAUCGUGCUAUUAAUGCGGUGCAGAGGGAUUCCCGGUGUGAUCCAGACAAUCGACUGGUUUGAAAAUUUUGAAGGUUAUUUCAUAGUCAUGGAAAGGCCAAGUCCAUGUAUGGACUUAUUCGAUUAUAUUACACAAGAAGUAUUCCUGACCGAAAACGUAGCGCGUGACUACUUCCGCCAGGUGGUCGACACCGUGCUCGCGUGCUGUCGUCUUAAUGUCAUCCAUCGCGACAUAAAAGACGAAAAUAUUUUGGUCGACAUGAAGAAUGGCGUAGUCAAGUUGAUCGACUUUGGAUCAGCCACUUUCUGCGGAGAAACGCCAUUUACAAAGUUUUCUGGAGACCAAGUGCAGAAGGAGCGACAGGUGAAUGACGGUAUACUCGUCUUUCGUGGAGAGAAGGUUCCGUCGCGAAAUGUAGGCGGUGCUGGUUUUGUUGUGUACCCAUCUGUCGUACAUCUUGUCGAUUCUCACGAAAUCCUGUCACCUCGUCUGGCCACUCUUCGCCUUCGCCCUCUGCGCCAAAAACCCAUCAGUAUCAUCAACUGCAACUCACCAACAUCAGCAGCUGAUGAUUCUGAACUGGACACGUUUUACGAGGAGCUGGAGGAAGUAAUCUGCGAGAAGUCCUUCUACAAAUUCGUUGUCGGAGACUUCAACGCAAAACUAAUAAAGGCCACAGAAGAGAAAUACAGAUUUGGAAGAUUUGGACUAGCGGACUGGAAUGAAAAUGGCAAUCGUCUCGCCGGGCUGUUGUCCGCCGCUUGCCUCUUUCAUGGGAACUCUCUUUUCAUGAAAAAAGAUCAUUGUCGGCGGACAUGGGAAUCGCCCAAUGGCGCGACUCGCGCGGAGAUCGACCACGUACUCACCAACCGGGGGUGGUGUCUACUUGACGUCUCAGUAUUACCACCCUUUUGUAGUGGUUCUGAUCACCGUCUCCUUCGUGCGAAAAUACGACUUAGCCACAUGAUGGAAAAGUACAUCUGCUAUCGGCAACAAAGGAGAAAAGAAGUUGUCUACGACGAUUGCGUACUCGAGGACUCCUUGUCCCAAGGUGACUGGCGCGUCGAGGACUACGAGAUGCUGCUCAGAGGAUUACGAGCUUGUACUGAGCUUGCCUCGAAGCCGCGCACGACAAACUUGGAUCGAAUUUCGAAGACCACCAAGAGAUUGUUGGAAAGAAGAAGGGCUUUGAGGCUUGAUCCGAAUGCACCGCACAUUGAGCGGUUAGUAGCAAACACUAGCUGCAGAAAAGCUUUGCAGGAGGAUCUUUUGAAAUACAGGCAGAAGAGGAUUCUGGAAGCAGCACAAAGAAGAACGAGUCUAAAGAAGUGCCGCAGAUAUAAUAUUCUGCUAGCAGCCUUGCUUAGCGAAAACGGGACUCGCACGUCUUCUCGUCGUGAGAUGGAAAUCAUUACGGAGCGGUUCUACUCGAACAUUUUUCGUUCAUUACCAUCUGUGUCAACCCCGAUCAUCCCCACUAGUGAAGCUCCACUAUGA